UCGGGACAACCGAAGGGAAGUUUUGCACGUGGGUCGUGUUUCUGAUGGCUGAGAUGGAGACAGCCCCCAAGCCCGCUAAGAAUGCCCCACCCAAGAAGGGCAAACUGCAGACCAAGAGGAAGAGACCGCGGCGGUACUGGGAAGAGGAGACCACACCGAGCGCCACGGGGGCCUCUCCGGGACCUCCUCCUAGCAAGAAGCGGAAUCGGGACCCCCGUCCCCGGAAAACGAAAGACGCUCGCAUCCCCAAGAAGUCCCGGGUCUCCACAAAGAAAUCUCGGGGACUGAAGAAGCCGGAGCCCCAACGGAGCCUGUCCGGGGCCCAGGACCCAUUCCCAGGUCCCGCCCCGGUCCCUGUGGAGACGGCUCAGAAGUUCCGUCGCAUUGACAAAGCUAAACCGCUCCCGCGCCCCAAGUCCAAGACCCGAGGCCGACUUGAGGCUGCCGAGGCUGAGGAAGAGGAGACCAGUACCAAAGCUGCCCGCUCUGAGCUGCUGCUGGCGGAGGAACCGGGGUUUCUGGAAGGUGAAGAUGGGGAAGAUACAGCGAAGAUCCGCCAGGCGGACAUCGUGGAGGCUGUGGACAUUGCCAGUGCAGCCAAGCACUUUGACUUGAAUCUGCGGCAGUUUGGGCCCUACCGACUGAAUUACUCUCGCACAGGGAGACACCUGGCUUUAGGAGGGCGCCGGGGUCACGUGGCUGCCCUUGACUGGGUGACGAAGAAGCUCAUGUGUGAGAUCAAUGUCAUGGAGGCAGUACAGGACAUCCGGUUUCUGCAUUCUGAGGCUCUGCUUGCUGUCGCGCAGAACCGCUGGCUGCACAUCUAUGACAACCAAGGCAUCGAGCUCCACUGCGUCCGCCGCUGUGACCGUGUGACGCGGCUCGAGUUCCUGCCCUUCCAUUUCCUCCUGGCUACAGCUUCAGAGACAGGCUUCCUGACCUACCUGGACGUGUCGGUGGGGAAGAUCGUGGCUGCGUUGAACGCGCGGGCCGGGAGGCUCAGUGUCAUGACACAAAACCCUUACAACGCUGUCAUCCACCUUGGACAUAGCAAUGGGACCGUGUCAUUGUGGAGCCCCGCCGUAAAGGAGCCGCUGGUGAAGAUGCUCUGUCACCGUGGUAGUGUCCGGGCUGUGGCAGUAGAUGCUACAGGCACGUACAUGGCCACAUCCGGUCUCGACCACCAGCUGAAAAUCUUUGACCUACGAGGAACGUUCCAGCCUCUGAGUGCUCGAACCCUGCCCCAGGGGGCAGGACACCUGGCCUUCUCCCAGCGAGGCUUGCUGGCUGCAGGAAUGGGCGACGUCAUCAACAUCUGGUCAGGUCAGGGCAAGGCCAGCCUGCCCUCCCUGGAGCAGCCCUACCUCACCCACCGGCUCUCAGGCCAUGUCCACGGACUUCAGUUCUGCCCCUUUGAAGACGUGUUGGGCGUGGGGCACAGUGGAGGCAUCACGAGCAUGCUGGUUCCUGGAGCUGCUGAGCCCAACUUUGAUGGUCUGGAGAGUAACCCGUACAGGAGCCGGAAGCAGCGCCAGGAAUGGGAGGUGAAGGCCCUGCUGGAGAAGGUACCUGCAGAGCUCAUCUGUCUGGACCCACGAGCUCUGGCAGAAGUUGACGUCAUCUCUUUGGAGCAGGAAAAGGAGGAGCGGAUAGAGAGACUGGGCUAUGACCCCGAGGCCAAGGCUCCCUUCCAGCCAAAGGCCAAGCAGAAAGGCCGCAGCUCUACAGCCAGCUUGGUGAAGAGGAAGAAGAAGGUCAUGGACCAGGAGCACAGGGACAAGGUCCGGCAGAGCCUCGAGCAGCAGCAGAAGCAGCGGAAGCAAGAGAAGACCAAAUCUCCAGGGGCCCAUCCAUCCGCCCUGGACAGAUUUGCACGCUGAGCCAGGCUCCAGUGUGGCUGACUACAUGUGGAAAUGACCAUUUGCUGGAGUACAGAGAGGACAGCUGGCUCCAGGGGUGGGUUGCUAUUAAAGAAGAGAGUGAUUUUUUU